AUGUCGCUCGAAGCUACCAUGAUCAUCGUCGACAACUCCGAGAGCAGUCGCAACGGAGACUACACAUCGACUCGGUGGCAAGCUCAGGUCGAUGCCGUUAGCGUUCUCCAUGGCGCCAAGAUGCGCGUACAUCCCCAGUCAGCCGUCGGCCUCAUGAGCAUGGGCGGCAAGGGCCCCGAGGUGCUGUCGACCUUCACGACUGAUUUCGGGAGCAUUCUGGCGGGCCUGCACCGGACGAAGAUCCACGGCACAUCGCAUUUGGGCUCGAGCAUCCAGGUUGCCGGGGUAGGUCCUUCUACAUCCAAGCUUAUGCUUGAGCUCCUAGCUGACUCGCUUCAUCCCCAGUUGGCUCUUAAGCACCGCUCGGAAAAGUCGCAGCGGCAACGCAUCGUCGUGUUCUCGUGCUCGCCGAUCGAGGAGGACGAGAAGACGCUCGUGAAGCUAGCGAAGAAGAUGAAGAAGAACAACGUGUCGAUCGAUGUGGUGGCGUUUGGGGACCUGGAGUCCGACCAGACCAAGAAACUGGAAGCCUUUGUGGACAAUGUUAAAAGCGGCGACGGGUCGCAUCUGGCCAUCAUCCCACCGGGCCCGCACCUGCUCAGCGAGGAGCUGCAGAUGACCCCGAUCCUGGCGGGCGAAGGUGGUGGUGGCGCCGGUGCGGGCGAGGGCGGCGAGGGUGGUGAGGCCGGUGGCUUUGGAUUUGAGGACGCCGCUGAGAACGAUCCCGAGCUGGCGUUUGCGCUACGAUUAUCGCUGGAGGAAGAGAAGAACCGGCAGGAGAAGGAGCGCCUCGAGCGCGAGGAGGCAGAGGGCAAGACGCAGCUUGGUAAUAUCCCCGAGGAAGGCCAGGGCGAGUCUAGCGGUGACAAAGAUAAGAAGGACGAGGACAAGAUGGAUACGGCGUAG